GAAGCAUGGGAGAAAACUGACGUCAUGAUUUAGCAAGUCGGAACAAAAGAUGAGCCGCCACAAAAUAUUUUGAAAAGAUGCGUCUUAUUUAGAGCAAAUUGUAUGGUCUGUCUUAUUCAUCCUUAUUUCUAGGACGCGCAUCCACAAUAAGAAAUGUCUAAAGUGCGCUGUAAUUGCUGUCAGAUUGAAAUUUCUGGGUUCAGAGUACAGUGUACAGAUUGUACAGACUUUGACCUUUGUUUACAGUGCUAUUCACUUGGUGCUGAGAUCGGAGGUCAUAAAAGAGUUCAUGAAUACAAGUUGGUGAGUGACUAUGUAGUAGGAGCUUUUGAACUUGAUACACCAUGGACUCUGGCAGAAGAAACAAUGCUUUUAGAUGCGGUGGAACAGUAUGGAUUUGGCAACUGGGAGGAUGUGGCAAAUCAUGUGGAAAAGAGAACUGCUGAAGAAUGUGAAGACCAUUAUGUAACAUUUUUUGUAUCAGGCAGUGUUGGAAAAGUCACAAUCAGACCAGAUGCUGCAGACGCAAUAAAAGAUCACACAUGUCCCAAUGGAGGUCCUUUGUCUCCUAGUAUAACACAACCAAUAUCACCUGUAGAUCUAAGUCUUCCCGAACAACAAGAACUUGGGUAUAUGCCUCUUAGGGAUGAUUUUGAAAGAGAACACGACAAUGAUGCUGAAAUUUUAAUUAGUAGUUUAGCCAAUAAUUAUGAUGACGAAGACAUUGAUAUAGCGGUAAAACUUUCACAAGUAGAAAAAUAUAGAACAAGAUUAAAAGAAAGAGAAAGAAGAAAACGACUUGCAAGAGGAUACAAUCUUUUACAAAGUGCUACUUCUAUAGGGAAACAAAAAUCUCAAACCCCAAAGAAAAGAAUUCAUAAAGAAGAAAGGGAAUUCCAAGAUAAAAUGAAGGUUUUUGCACAGUUUCAUACCCUGUCUGAACACGAGACUUUUUUAGAAAAUAUACAAAAAGAGAAAGAUCUGAAAGAAAGAAUACAAGAAUUGUUGAAAUACAGAAAACAUGGUAUUACCAAACUAGAUGAUAUUGACGUAUUUGAAGAUGAAAAGUACAAACGAGAUAAAAAGAAAGAGAAUAAAAAGAAAAUGGGAAAUAUCACUCCUUUAUCAAAAAGAAGUUCAAUGGCUUCAAAAAAGGCCGCCGUCGCUACAGAAGAAAAAUUAGAUAUACUUAUAGACGAAGACGAAUUAAAAGAUGAAAAUAAUGAGAAUAUUCCUAAGGAGGCAUGCAAUAUGCCCGGUUUUGACAUGUUGUCAGACCGAGAAAGAAGGCUUUGCAGCUCAAUUGGAAUGACAUAUGCCAACUACCAAACCAUCAAAACAUGCAUAAUAAAGGAUUAUUUACAGAGAAGGCAAGGUAUUCCUAUAAAGAUCCGCUACCCAAGUGGAUUGGACAAGACACAUCGGAGACAGAUUAUUAGUUUCCUGACAGACAACGGGUGGAUUGGUGUUACUUGAAAGAUAAAGAUAGUAGAUUUCACCAAAGAAAUUGAUGCUACUUUCAUGUAUAUUGUGCAAAGCAAUAUAAGACUGAAGAUAGGCUAGAGUUGUACUUCUAGAGGCCAUUUAGUGUCGUUUA